UGACGCGUGGAGACAGCUGAUUCCCGGAUCACGUGACUAUAGACAAUUCUGUCAUUAAGCUGUCAUCUAACUUGUCGGGACAGAAAAUUUAACUCGUGUUCUCGAAUAAAGUGUCAAUAUGAGUCAUGCAUUUAAAAACUGUUCAAACUUAAUGGUCACCGGAGCCAGUCGAGGCCUCGGGCUGCAGAUAGUUGAGAGUCUAGUAACGGGAGGCUUUUCUCCCGGGAAGAUUAUCGCUACUGCUCGGAAUCCAGAUGGAGCCAAGGAACUGCAAAGGUUGGCAGAAGAGCAUCAAAACAUACACAUUAUUAAACUAGAUGUCAUCAGUCAAGAGAGUAUAGAAAGAGCUGCAUCUGAGGUGGAACAGCUAGUUCAAGAGGAGGGUCUCAACUGUCUCAUCAACAAUGCUGGAAUUAAUGUUGUAGCAAACCUAGAGACAGUCACUGCAGACAAGAUGUUGGAAAACUUCCAUACCAACUCUGUUGCACCGUUGAUGAUCACCAAGGCCAUGCUUCCACUGCUGAAGCGAGCAGCUGCAAAGGGAACAGGGAUGGGCAUCCACAGAGCAGCAGUCAUCAAUAUGACAUCACUGCUGGGUUCAAUUGAGCUUUACUGGGGUGAUCGUUCCGACAGUUUCAAAUGGUACCCCUACAGAAUAUCAAAGAGUGCACUGAACAUGGUCACCAGAUGCUUGGCAGUGGACCUAGAGGCAGAUGGGAUCCUGUGUAUGGCUCUGCAUCCAGGCUGGGUACGCACUGAUAUGGGUGGACCUGAAGCACCGUUGAGCGCUGAAGAAAGCAUUUCCUCUGUAUUGUCUGUGAUUGGUGGUUUGACUGAAAAGGAUCAUGGGUCAUUUCUUCACUAUACUGGUGAAGAGCUUCCCUGGUGAUUCUGCAGAUGAUUUUUAGAUGCGAGCAAUAGAAGUUUUGUUUUCGUUUUGCUGCAUAUAUGUAUAUAUUUACAUAUUUAAUAAUCUACAUUCUGGUUCAGGGUUAUUUUUAUCUUCCUUGUUUAUGUAAUGUUACUUUAAAGGUGCCCUAGAAUUAAAUAUUGAAUUUAUCUUGGCAUAGUUAAAUAACAAGAGUUCAGUACAUGGAAAAGACAUACAGUGAGUUUCAAACUCCAUUGUUUCCUCCUUCUUAU